UUUUCACAUGAAGAGAAUUUAGCUCACUAUAUAAAGUUGAAUAAGCUGGACGGCUCCUGCUUUACUGGAGGCUUUGAAAAGGAAAUUCCUGUUCUUGUAAUUAUUGCUGCAGCCUGCAGGGCUAUUUCAGGAGCAGUCUUCAAUGGAGAUUUCAUCCAUUAAAGGGUUAUCUGAGCCGGGAUUAAUGGAGGAAACUGGUUUCAUCAACCAGUGGCACAUGAACUCUCUUGAUGACGACUUCAACUUACUGCCUGUAGCAGCUGCAUUUGGGGAGAAUUUACAGCACUAUUACACUCUCCCGGUGGCUCAAACAGCCAUUGAUAGGCCCCCGAAACAGCUCAAAACAAACUCUUGGAGUUCACCACAAGUUGCUUUUAAUCCCACUGAUAUUCCUUCUGCCAAUUCAACCACAUUGAAUCGUCAAAUGAGCUUUCUGAAACCUAAAGAGGAGGAAGUGUUUUCUAAAAUCUUCAGUGGUCUUCCUGCUGAUCAUAUGGUGACUUCUCAGGGUUCCAUUGUGCACCCAAAUUUUGCGUUUAAUGGGUCUCAGGGAAAUCGGAGGAGCAGCCCCGGAAGUAAACUUUCUCAAUCACAAGAUCACAUUAUCGCUGAAAGGAAGCGGCGAGAGAAGCUGAGCCAGCGGUUUGUAGCUUUAUCUGCAAUAGUUCCAGGCCUGAAGAAGAUGGACAAGGUUUCUGUUCUUGGUGAUGCAAUUAAGUACUUGAAGCAACUGCAAGAGAAAGUGAAGACCCUUGAGGAACAAUCAAUGAAGAAAAGCAUGGAAUCUGUGGUGUUUGUGAAGAAAACUCAACUCUUUGCAGAAAAUGGCAACUCCUCCUCUGAUGAAGAUUCACCAACAGGUCACUUCAAUGACCCAUUACCGGAAAUAGAAGCAAGAUUUUGUGACAAAAAUGUUCUGAUAAGAGUCCACUGUGAGAAAAGAAAAGGGGUCUUUGAGAAAACUGUAGCUGAAAUAGAGAAGCUGCACCUAACUGUCAUCAACAGCAGUGUCAUGACUUUUGCUACUUCUGCUCUUGAUAUAACCAUUAUUGCUCAGAUGGAUGUGGAAUUCAAAAUGAGUGUGAAAGAUCUGGUGAAGAGUCUACACUCAACUUUCCAAAAUUUCAUGUGAAAUUUCCUCUUGAGAAGUUUGUUUUCUCCUGCUGAAUUCCACAGAAGACUAGCAAAAUAUAUCCCCUCAUAUAUAUAUAUAUAUAGAG